CGCCACUGUGAUCAGCUGGUUUUCAAUAAUGCAACACCGGCGACUCCUUUAAUUUUUUUUCAUUUUCUUGAGCUUUUGAUGAUUUUUCAUUUUAUAACAAGUGAAAAAUGAUGGACAAGCGGAAGAAAAUUAAGAGGUCCAACUUUUCUAGCGAGGAAUCUGACAAUAGCUCCAUAAGCUCUUCCAUAACAUCCUCGUCAUCCUCUGAUGAGGAAACUGAUGCAAAAGAUUUAAAACCUAUCAAAGAAUAUUUGUCAAAUCGAAAAGAACUUGCAUCUCAACUCUUCAAAUCAGUGAAAGCUGAAAAAAUACGUAUGAUGCUGCCUCAAAUUCUUAAGAAAAUUGAAUUUAGUGACUUGGAAGAGUUAUGUGCCAAUGAACUAACUGGCAUGUCUAAAGCAAGGAUAAUGAGUAUAUUAAAUGGGCAAGAGAUGCUGCAGUCAUCCAAUACAGAAGAUUCUGACGACUCAGGUCCAUCGCUUGAAAUUGUUUCUGAUACUGAAUGGUUAAGUGAUGAUAAGUCAAGUAUAAAAGUUGAAGGUGCUAAAUUGAAAAAAAAUUCUAAGAAGUUAAAAAAAUUAAAUAGUAAAUUUAAAAGUAAAUUGAAUGAAAAAGGGAAAAAUGGGAAGUUGAGCUCAAAAGUUAAAGUAGAAAAGGUAAAAAUCGAGGGCAAAAACAAAGCCAAAGAAAAGCCUAAAGAAAAAGAGAAGGAAGGUGAAAGUCUUUUGGAUCUUUUAGAACUUGAAAUGAGAGCUCGAGCAAUUAAAGCAUUAUUGAGAAAAGAAGAUGAAUUACCUGCUACUUCAUUGGAAGGUCUCAAAAAUCAAGCUUCAGGAUCUGGAAUCUUGAGUAAUGUUAGUGUGCAAGCAAGGCAGGCAAAUUUGAAAGAACAGCUUGAAAAAAUUGAUGUUUUAAUGAAACAUGGUGAUGAUGAGGAUGUAUAUGUUGUUAUAAAUCCAGCUCCAACAAUAGAAUUACUUUCAAGUGAUGAUGAAAAAGAAAAUCAAUCCAAAAAGUCUCGAGAUCAUCCAAGCCCAAGUAAAGUAGCACAAAACGGAGAAAGAGUUGAAGUGAAAGAGAGAACAACAGUUUUAAAUAAACUUAUGAAUGUUGAUAAAAAUACAAAUGAAAAUCCUCAAGUUAAUAUAAAGAAAGGGAAGGAUGCAAAAGGAAAAGAAAAAGGUAAACAUAAUGGAAAUUCUAAUUUACCAAUGAGUGUAAUUGAAAGUAACAAUGAUGACAAAGUUGAAAGUCCAAAAGAGCCAUUAAAAGAAGAAGAGUUAGAAGAGGGAGAAAUUAUUGACAACGAGGAUGAUGAAAAAGAACAAAAGAAAGUCUUGAAAGCAGAUGUGGAAUCACUGAUGAAAGAAAAAAUAAAAAAGAUCAAAAAGAACCCGAACAUCAGGUCUAAAAAGAGUUGCAAGCAAAGUGAUAGUGACUCUGAUAAUGGAAUCGUGACGAAAGAGAUGCCCGAGGCUGAAAAUAUCGAAGUUAAAAAAAAAGAAACAGUAGUCGAGCCUAUAGAAAUAAAAGAUUCACCCGAACGGAAAGCAUCGAACGAUCCAGGGUCAAGAUCGCGCAGAAAUUCGAAUACAAGUUCGCAACUUGACGUUGAUGAUGAUAAAGCAUUAGAUAUCGAGGAGAUUAUUAAUCUAGAUGAUUAUCCGGACGACAUGGAUGAACCAGAGAAACCAAAAUCUCUUGAGCCCCAAAUUAAGCAAUUGGAACAAUCGACGGCAGGUUCAAAGUCGGAAACUUGGGCGUCUCGUUAUGUACAGCAAGAUGAGGUACAAAGCGUCAUACGAGAGUCGAAGAUUCAGUCGGAGAUACGUAAACGAUUGAGGGAGAGACAACGACAAAGUAAAUUCAACAAUUCAUCUAAGGAAUCGGAAAUAUCGACACCCGAACCGAUUACAGUUCUAACAACUACAGGUUCAGUCGAGGAAUAUUUAGCUUUGAAAAGACAUGCCGAAGGCGAUUUGACAGCAGAUGAAUCUUUGAGUCAAGGUAAGACUGACGUGACGAUUGACUCAUCAGUAGUAAUUGUAAAAAAACCUCAGCUCAUUUUGUCGUUAAAAGUCAAGGAGCAACAAAUUGAAGAGCUAGUCGUUAACACUAAGGAAGAGCAAACUUUAGACACAAACGUCGUGAAAAAGUGUGAAAAUACACCCGAAAGGACUAUAGUUAUCAAGGAAGAUUCGUCGUUGAAAGACAAACGCGUAGUCCUUGUAAGACCAAAAGAUGAUCUAAACAGUGAUUCGAGUGACGAUAACGUGACAGUCAAGAUCAACAAUAGUUCAUGGAACGACUCACAACACUCGGAGCUUCGAUCGGAUUAAACCCCACAUCUUUUUCAUUCUACGUCAAACUAUCAGUUUUAUUAUUAUCAUAAUUAAUUUACAUGCGGUUCUUGGAAUGACCCGAUUCAAAUUUGAAGUCCUCGCAGUAGAACUUAUCGUUCUACCUUUACUGGUCACUGUGAAAUCUUGCAGACUCGUACGACAAUAUUGUCGACUGAAAUCCAUUGCUACCAAACAGCACGUCUCUUAUGUUCACGCAAAGGCGAUUUAUCAUUGCAAUUAAACUGAACUAUAAAAUUUAUUUGUUGUAUAUAAGUUUUAGUUUCGCUUAUAGAUGAUAUUUAUUGAUUAAUUUUUGGUUUUGAAGUGUAACAAACAUUAGAAAAUUUUUUUUAUAAAAUAGUUCAACAAUGAUAGCCAUCUAAAAGACUGGUCAUUGAAAAACUUAGCAAUUUAAAAGAUUUUCUCACGUGAAAAUAAAAUGAUUUUAUUUUGAUACAAGAAUUCUCUUGAUAAACAUAAGCAAUAACUGAAUAUCGUCAAUAAAUCAAUUUAUAAAUAAAUCGUACACUAUACAUUUCUUAAAUUUGAAUUAUUCGUAUUACAUAAUGUUCUUUGUAAAACACGUGACCUUCUAAGAUUGCCGAAAGUAAAAAUAACGUCUGUGCAUUGUGCGUGGUUUGAACUAUGUAAUUCUCCGCUCAAAACUAUUCCAUUGUGCGUUCUUCGAUAUACAGUGCCGCUCACGCACUUUUACCCCCCCACGGGCAAAAUCAGUCUAACUUCAAAGUUUUAUAUCUCUGGUAGAAAUUAACGUACAGAGACGCGCGUCGGUGCGUUUGAAAGGUCUUUCGGAGAGCUUUCAAAUGAUAUGAUUCACGGUUGCCAUCGAUUGUUUUUUUAAAUUUUGCAACAAUUAUGCAAAAUUGAAAAUUCUGAAAUUUUUUUAUUAUUUUUGACAAAUAGCCAAUUUUGGAAAAAAAAUAGUACAAAAAUUUGAAGUACGCCACUUUUUAGCUAUUACCAAGCCCUAUCUGAAUCACUCAUCAAAAAUUUAUUUUCGUCAAAUAUGACGCGCGCACGGGCAUUUUUUCCUGGAAGUGACAGUUUUUUUCAACAUUUUUUAUCUCCGUCAAAUUGUAACAAUCGAAAAAAAUUUAUAGGAGAAAAAAUGUUUGUUGUUUCACGUAGAAUACUGCAAUAAUUUUUUUUUUGGUUUUUCGAAAAAUUUUUUUUUUCGGUUUAAAUUAUUUUUCAAGGUCGAAACAAAAAAAAUUUUUUUUUUUAUGUAAUUUACGAUACUUGUUAUGUAGUAUUAUUGAAUGGAUGGAAAAAAAUUUUUUUUUGUGGUUUCUCAUCUUUUUAGCGUACCGACUGUGAGAAAAAAAAAUUGAAAAAAACCGAAAAAAAAAAUUUUUCGAAAAACCAAAAAAAAAAUUAUUGCAGUAUUCUACGUGAAAAAACAAACAUUUUUUCUCCUAUAAAUUUUUUUCGAUUGUUACAAUUUGACGGAGAUAAAAAAUGUUGAAAAAAACUGUCACUUCCAGGAAAAAAUGCCCGUGCGCGCGUCAUAUUUGACGAAAAUAAAUUUUUGAUGAGUGAUUCAGAUAGGGCUUGGUAAUAGCUAAAAAAUGGUGUACUUCAAAUUUUCGUACUAUUUUUUUUUCCAAAAUUGGCUAAUUGUCAAAAAUAAUAAAAAAAUUUCAGAAUUUUCAAUUUUGCAUAAUUGUUGCAAAAUUUAAAAAAACAAUCGAUGGCAACCGUGAGUCAUAUCAUUUGAAAGCUCUCCGAAAGACCUUCCAAACGCACCCACGCGCGUCUCUGUACGUUAAUUUCUACCAGAGAUAUAAAACUUUGAAGUUAGACUGAUUUUGCCCGUGGGGGGGUAAAAGUGCGUGAGUGGCACUGUAACUCAUCAUUGUUUCACGAGAUCAAGAA